UCUCUCUCUCUCUCUCUCUCUCUCUCUCUCUCUCAAGAUUUAAAGCGAGAAAAGAAGGGAGAGAAGAAGGCGAGAAAAGAGGAGCUUUUAGUAAAUAACAUCGACGAAUCGAAACCCUAGAAGGGGCUCGCCGCGAUCGGGAAGGAAGAGCCCUAGUUCUUGGAAUCGGAGCAGGGGGCCGGCAUUUGGAUUUCGUUGGAUUGGUUAUUUCUUUUUCUCUUGUCGGGGUGCUGUGAUUUGAUGUGAGAGAGGGAUCAGAUCCGGGGAUGGCCGAUCUGAGCGGCUGCAGCGGUGGGGAGGGUCAUGUGGUGGAGGCCGGGGGAGGAAAUGCAGCAACGCCGGCGGCACCGGUAAUGCUGACGGCGUCGGCGUCGUUCAAGGGGGAGGGGAAGGCGGGGCCGGCGCUGAGGCGGAGGCCUUCGAUCAAGCCGAGCUUGGAGGUGGAGGAGUUCAUAAAUAUGCUCCAUGGAUCGGAUCCGGUGAGGGUUGAGCUCAGUCGACUGGAGAAUGAAGUCAGAGACAAAGAUCGGGAAUUGGGGGAGGCGCAGGCGGAGAUUAGGGCACUCAGGUUGUCAGAGCGUGCCAGGGAGAAGGCAGUUGAAGAGCUUACAGAAGAAUUGGCUAAGGUGGAAGGAAAACUAAAGCUAACCGAAUCGCUUUUGGAAAACAAGAAUCUUGAAGUUAAGAAGAUAAAUGAUGAAAAGAAAGCAGCCUUGGCUGCUCAAUUUGCAGCAGAGGCUACGCUGAGAAGAGUUCAUGCAGCUCAAAAGGAUGAUGACAUGCCCCCCAUCGAAGCCAUUCUUGCACCACUUGAGGCAGAGUUGAAGCUAUCUCGCCAAGAGAUUGCAAAGCUACAGGAUGACAACAGGGCACUAGAUCGUCUCACAAAAUCAAAGGAAGCAGCUCUACUAGAAGCAGAAAGAACGGUUCAGAUUGCACUGGCAAAGGCUUCUAUGGUGGAUGAUUUACAAAACAAGAAUCAGGAGUUGAUGAAACAGAUUGAAAUCUGUCAGGAAGAAAACAAGAUUCUGGAUAAAAUGCACCGCCAAAAGGUUGCUGAGGUUGAAAAGCUUAGCCAGACGGUAAAGGAGCUAGAAGAGGCUGUUCUUGCAGGUGGAGCAGCUGCAAAUGCUGUUAGGGAUUACCAGCGGAAAGUUCAGGAGAUGAAUGAUGAGAUGAAAACCCUAGACCGGGAACUAGCCCGUGCGAAGGUUACAGCUAAUAGGGUUGCGGUUGUAGUUGCAAAUGAAUGGAAAGAUGCUAAUGACAAAGUAAUGCCUGUUAGACAAUGGCUUGAGGAGCGAAGAUUCAUGCAGGGAGAAAUGCAGCAACUUCGAGAUAAGCUUGCAAUUGCAGAACGCACUGCACGAUCAGAAGCUCAAUUAAAAGAAAAAUAUCAGUUGCGGCUUAAGGUAUUAGAAGAGGGAUUGAGAAUGUCUGCAAAUGGUGGAAACCGCACCAAUGCAGAGGGAAGGAGUGUCAGUAACGGCCCUUCACGCCGCCAGUCCCUUGGUGGUGCUGAAAAUAUUUCCAAGAGUUCUCCUAAUGGCUUUCUAUCUAAGAGGCCAUCUUUUCAGUUGAGAUCGUCUCUGUCUAGCAGCACAAGUACAGUCCUGAAACAUGCCAAAGGGACAUCAAAGUCAUUUGAUGGUGGCACUAGGUCAUUGGAUCGUGGUAAGGUCUUUGCAAAUGGAUCUGGCUUCUCACUGAACAAAUCUUCUGAUGCAACUAGAGAGAAUGAGGCGCAUGGCAGUUGGAAGGAAAAUCCAGAUGAGAAACCAAGUGAGCUCCCCAAUGUUGAUAUAGAUAAUUGCGUUUCUGGGUUGUUAUAUGACAUGUUGCAAAAGGAGGUAAUCACCCUGAGAAAAGCAUGUUAUGAAAAGGAUCAAAGCCUGAAAGACAAAGAUGAUGCAAUCGAGAUGCUGGCAAAGAAGGUUGAUACAUUGACAAAAGCGAUGGAAGUGGAGGCCAAGAAAAUGAGAAGGGAAGUAGCUGCUAUGGAGAAGGAGGUUGCUGCCAUGCGGUCAGAGAAAGAGCAAGACAACAGGGCUAAGCGGCUUGGCAGUUCCAAGGGUCCUGUAAAUAGUUCCCAGCUGCUGCCAGGGAGAAAUGUGCCUCGAACUGGGUUGAUGCGUCAUUUUCAAUGAUUAUAUACCAAAAUUGGAUGUAGCAAGAAUUAUGGAAGAGGACUUUGUUCUUCAUUUCUUUGUUGUCCCUUAUUUUCUUUAUUGAUUUUUAGAUCAAGACCAGCACCUACGACCUGAUCAUCAUCAGUUUGUAUUGGAGCACAAUUGGAAGAAGAGGUCGUUCUGCAUCUGACUCUUGACUGCUGUAGUGAGUUAGUGGAGGUGAUGCUGAAGUUGGCUAACCUUAUGGCAUGGCACGUUCAUUUUGAUAAGAUAGUUCGUGUUUGUUUGUAUAGGUUGGUGAGCGCUUGUUUUCUUCUUGUUUUUGUAAUUGUUGGCAGUGUUCUGGUUUCUUCUUUCUUACCAAGGUUGUGAAUAUUAUUGUAAUUUCAGAAUAGUAUCUGUGUUAUUCAGUAUUCAUGCAAAGUUCGGUUGGUGUUGAUUUCA